UUUAUUUCAAAAUUUAAAGACAGAUAGUCCACAAGCCGUUCAGGUCCUUCUUGGCGGUCACAAUUAAAUGUAAAACUAUCGCCUAUCGAUUUUAGGUCAUCGUUACGGCACGUACCUGAUGGUUUUUUAGCAGGUGAAGUUAUUAUGCAUCGUAAUGCCCAGAUGCAAACAUUGGGAAGGAGCAAGGACAAGAAAAGUCGCGUUUUCAGUGGAGAAGGAGAGUGCAAAAUCUUCAGUGUUUUUGUUAUUUCCGACCGAUCAUUUGUUGCAUGCUUUCAAAAUUUAUGUAACGUAUUGGAUUUAUCCAAAAGAUUAUUUUGAUCCAUUUCAUAUAAUAUAAAUACAACUAGUGCUGAAAAUUAGUGUCAUAAUGAAAUACUAUAAGGUGCUGCUUUUAAUGUUCGGGCAUAUCGUGCACGACACAUGUUGCACGGAAAACGUCCAAGUCACAUAUCACGGAUUCAAUAACAAAAACAACAACAUUGUAGAUCAAGCAAAAGAAGAAUCGAAAAAUGGAUAUUAUGCUCCUGAAUAUGAUCACGGGGAAUACGCUCAUCCAGCUUAUCGCUUCGAGUACGGCGUCCACGAUCCGCACACGGGUGACAUAAAGAAACAAUACGAAGAACGGGACGGCGAUACGGUGCGGGGCUACUAUAGUCUGAUGGAACCAGACGGUACAAUACGUUUGGUCGAGUACACGGCCGAUUCCAAAAACGGUUUUCAAGCCGUGGUGAAGAAAAUCGGCAAUUCGCACCAUCCAACCACCGUGACCCAUCACCUUAACAAUGGACCGGUUGAACAAGGCGGUUACGCUCCGCAGUAUCACGGUCAAAACUAUCAUCAGCCCGCUACUCACUACAAACCAUCUACUCCGCAUCAUUAUGAGACCGCUCACUACCAGACGCCUCCAAACUACAACCCUUAUGAGCAGCCAGUAACUCCUCCGGUCUAUCACCAUCAGAUACCUGUUCAACAUUCCACGUACUACCACCCUUCUGCUGACGUGGUGAAUUACGCAGAAGGUUCCAAUUUUGCAGAUUACGACGUCGGUUAUGCCAACACUCAUACUUCUCAUGCAGACUACGGCAGUGUUCCUCCACAUCAGUACGAUUCAUCCCCCUUGCGAUUCCCUGCUCAUACAGUACCGAUUCCACAGGUCUCAAACGAUCACUUCGAGUGGCCAUCCGUCGAAAAAACAGAAGAAUUCAAAUAUCCAAAUGAUUUAGGAUCAGGGAAAUCACAAAAGUUACAAACGUAUGAAAGACCGGAGUACUUACGUAAGUAUUUCGAACCAGAAUUCAAAGGUCCCGGAAAUUAUUUUGAAGAAUUAGAAUGAACAACAACCAAAAACAGUUCUUGAUACAUUUUUCAUCUACAGUUUUAACAUUACAUUGAUUUUAUCAAAUAGUUUUUGGUUCUAUAGAGUUUUAUGUUUUAACAUAAUUGUCAAAAAAAUCAAUUAGUUUUUUUAAUUGAAUUUUUUGUGUUAUUUUAUCUUUUCUUAUUUUUGUUUCGUUCUUAUAUUCUUUGCUAUUGUUUAGGUAUUUAAUUAAAUAUUAGUAUAAACGAUUAAUCUAGUAGUUUUAAUAGUUGUUGAUCAAUUUGUUAUAUUACUAUGUUUAGCAGCACAUUAUGUAAAUAUUAUUUGGCACAAGUUCAUUAUCAUUGUGAUGU